AUGUAUAACGGUCGCCCUACUUUUGAUUUAUCCCUAGCACAAUCCAACAUAAAAAUCAGUGGGACUGGGAAAAGUGUAAAUGGUAGGACGUCGCUGAACAUAAAUGUGGAGAUAGUUGGAGGAACGGGACCCACACAGGGCCCCAUGACGGCUCCUGCAACUGGCACAGGCAGACCAACGGCCGGCACAGGCGCACCAAAAGCGGGAGGUACCUAACGUCGUUGAUUUGAGCCAUACAAAUAACAGCAAAUCAUGUAAACCUUAAUCAUGCCACUAAGUGAGUCAUGCUUCUAGGUAAAAACAACAACAACGACAAGCUAUAUUUGCACGACUAUAAUAGCCUGUGUGAAUCUGCCCUCUCCUAUUUAAAAUACACAGGGAAGAAUUCAAGUACAAAUGUUUCAUAACUUUCUGGAAGGUUCUGACUUGUAACAACUUGUGUAUAAAAGUCCAUCGUACCAGACAGAAUCAGAAUCCAAAGUCCACAAAACAUGUGUAUACACUUCCGUUUGAUAACAACUGACAUAUAAUCUAUUAAUAAAUGUUAAUGUUCGAUUAUCUUCUAAAAAUAAACAAUUUGAGAUUUUUGAAUUACGUUAAGCGACUAAAAGUGUUCCAGGAGUCUUUGAUUGAAAAUUGAACAAACAACAUUAACAUUUCAGUUAUUUCUUCAGUCAUUUUCUCUUGCGUGAAUUUUGUUGGUACUCUUUCCUUCCCCCGUCCUACGUUAUUUGUAUUUUAGAAUGAUUAUUAAUAUUAUUAUUAUUAUUAUUAUUAUUAUUAUUAUUAUUGUCUCUAUGAUCACAGUCUUUGCUGGUGUUCUUUUUGUGCAUCAGCCGGGCGCAAACCAUGCACCUAGAGCGUCAGUCACUCAAGUCAAUCAUUCUGUUCAUACACUGAGCACCUUUCUGAGGAUUCGCGCAGAUCCCAGCAUGCAGAUCUUUUGAAUCUCUGUCAUAGUAGCUCUCUCUGAUACUUUCUGUAUGUUUUCUACCAUACCCUUCUUCACUGUACCAAGCGCACCGACAACCACAGGGAUCACUACGGUUUUCAUAUGCAACAUUCUCUGUAUUUCUAGUCCUAGGUCUUUGUACUUGCUCCUUUUUUCAGUUUGCUUCAGUGCGAUGUUUCUAUCUGAUGGAACAGUCAUAUCAAUCAGUUUGCAGGUGGAAUUCACUGAAUCUUUAACGAUGAUGUCUGGUCUGUUCGCUGUUAUAGUUCUAUCAGUAUUGACCGGCAUGUCCCACAUGAUGGUGAUGUUGUUAUCUUUAUUGUGCAUCACGGUCUCUGGCUCGUCUUCGUACCAUUUGUCUGUAGUCUCUAUAUCAUGAUUAUUAUUAUUAUUAUUAUUAUUAUUAUUAUUAUUAUUAUUAUUAUUAUUAUUUAUUAUCAUUACUAUUAUUAUUAUUAUCAUUAUUAUUUUUAUAUGUCACAGUGGAUAAAAUGUAGCAAUUCAACUAAUUCAAUGCUGGUCUAAAGGACGACCCCCAAAAUUGUCUGCUUUUUAUUUUUUUAUAACUCUUUUACUUUUUUUUUCUUUUCGCUGUUUUUUCUUUUAAGGGUUCACUGAAGAAGAAAGAGCUGGUUUGGCAAAACAUAAUGAGUAUCGCCAAAUACACGAAGCUCCACAAAUGAUACUCAAUAGACAGAUGUGUGACCAGGCUAAGGCCUACGCUGUCAGACUUGCUACAAUGGGGACACUGCAGCAUUCGACUGAGAGCGAGAGAAGAGGACAAGGAGAAAACCUUUCCAUGGGAUGCUCCACCAGUGGUCCACAGUCGAUGGAAGAGGCUGUUACAAACUGGUGAGAACUAAGCCCAGAUAUUGACCAGCAUCAAAAUUCUUCUUGUGAUAUCCAUGCUUUAUAAAACAGAUCGGUGACGAGAAUGAAGGGGAAAUGAUCACACAAGAAGAAUCUGGUUGAUUCUUCCACAACUUCUCCCAAACCUGCUAUAGCAAAUAUAUAAGGAGAACAAAUGAAUAUUCAAAUUUGGAUUGAAGGGAUUUUUUAUUAAACGGUUAAUCAAUUUGAAAGGAUGCAAAUGCCUCAUUGAAUUCGACUUCUCUGCCAUCCAAGUCCCAUUAGCUUCCUCGUCCUUCUUCCUCAACUUCCCUUUUUCCAUCUUUCUAUUUUACUGAGGAUCUCAAUGGGGUUAACCGUCAGCCUUCAAACACCCUAAAAUUUAAACGUCAACCGUAGAAAGGUAUUCCAAAUCUCCCUAUUUCAGCUGAUCUUCACGGAAUUCUGGCUUCUGAAGAAUCCGCUCUAAACUUGAAAAACAAAUUCCUAUGUUCUCAAACAUUUUAAAAAAACAGAUCGUGGUUAUAUUUUGAAAUUUUAUAAGUGAAAGCCCAUAAAUGACUCAAAAUUGGAAAAAAUAACCGUCAAAGUUACUGCGCCUUUGAGACCAAUAUGUCUAGACAUUGGAAACUUCCGGGAAGUGACCAACUUUUUCUCCUUGAGAAAAUAUAAAAAUUGAGGAAAUUCGGUUAGGCAUAAAUUCCCUUAAUUGUUCUGACUAACAUUGCACCACAAACGUACUUGUCGAUGAGCCAGUCUACAGUGUGAACUAAGCAAAGCCCUGCACCUUGUUGUCUCUGUCAUAUUUGGAUUUCUCUUUCUUUUAAUUUUUUAAUGUGUUUUAGGUACAACGAAGUUUGUGAUCCUGGCUAUAAUUUCGCUAGCGGAGGAUUUUCAGGAGGCACGGGUCACUUCACCCAAGUAGUGUGGAAAGGAAGCACUGAGCUUGGCAUUGGAAGAGCAGAAUCUCAACAAGGAUCAAUGAAAUGUGCCUAUAUUGUGGGCAGAUACAAACCAGCUGGAAACAUGAUGGGUGACUUUCCAGAAAAUGUAAAAAAGGGAAGUUUCCGCAGAAGUCAGUGUCAUUCUAAUUCUAAUCCAGGCUGGCCAUGGAGAAAAUUCGUCGAUCAAAAUGGGAAAGGGCCCAUUAACAAAAAUCGUGUUACAAAGGUCGAUGUUCCAGAAUAUCAUUUUAAUGUGCAGUCAGCCCACAAGAUUCAACUACUGAAGAAGAAAACGUUUUAGAUCCUUCUAGUGGUGUAACUCAUAGUUGGAGAUUGAUAUUAUGGUCUUAAUUAAAAGCUCCCGUCCUUAAUAAACGCUUCACCACAGUCUAAAAGGGUCGGUAGGCUCAUUUUGUUAUGGGCCAAAUUAAUUUCAAAAAACUCAU